AUGGUAGUGCAAAGACGAGCCAGGCUUCUCGGGAAGAUAUUGAGAGUUGAUGUGGUUGAACCGGGAUUUGUGGGCGUCUCAGUGCUCCGGUACGGCAUUCCCGCAAGCAAUCCGUUUUUGGACAAGACACCAUGUAGACAGGAGGUGUUUGCAUACGGAUGUCGUAUUAUGUGGCGAUGUAGCCAAGACACAGUUGCUAACAGAAAUGAUGAGCGGCGAAUAUUCUGUGGCGACCCAGGGGCGCGAGCUUAUGAAGAGAUCGACGUCACCCGCAGCGGGAGGAACUACGGCUGGAACAUCAAGGAGGGGAACGAGUGCUUCGACAGCUCCAGGUGCAGCAAUGGAACAAUAGAGAACGAAGCGCUGCCGAUCUACGUGUUCAAUCACACGAGCCUCCAUCACGCCGUCGUCGGGGGAUAUGUGUACAGAGGCAAGACGCUUCCUGAUCUGUACGGGCGCUAUCUGUACGGAGACGCCAUGACAGGGUAACAGCCGUGGUGGUCUUGCUGAUGCUGUCGUAGCUGACGUGGUUCGGUUCUUGGAGUGUUGAAGACGACGACUGAAGACUUUAUGUAUUUGCUAGAUCAUAAUACGAACUUUUAUAAUUCUUAUAAACGAAGAUGUUUGGUAACGGGAACUGUACGUCAUGUGCAGACCUCCACACACCAGGGUUCUGCAUUCUUAUAUUGGAAUAUGUUUGGUCAGGAAUGUGUCACAAAGUGCAAGAUUCAAGUGUUGUUCUGGGGUAACCAUGAAGAACUGGUAUAUUCACUGAACGUAGGCACGGAUGUUUACAAGUGGUUGAUAUUGGCAUGUAUCAGGUAGUGUGGCUAAAGACGCGGGCAGACUUUGAGAUGCAUGACUCUGUGGAGACUUUUCUGAGUGUUGUAACACACUUCAUGAUACGUGGACGUAAAAGUGAGGUGAAGCACCGUGACAAAAGAAAUUAAGUUUUUAUUUAGAUAGUUCGAAGCCCUUGUAU